AUGGCAAUGUCAAGUGCGACUUCGGCCGCCUCGACAGGAAUGUCUGGCAUGUCUGGCAUGGGCUCCAUGUCUAUGGUCUUCACCACCGCACACAACACCCCCCUCUACUCAAAAGCAUGGACCCCUACGUCUACCGGCGCAUACGCUGGAACCUGCAUUUUCCUCAUUGUUUUGGCCAUUCUCUCUCGUCUGUUGCAAGCUUGGAGGCACACGCUUGAACAGCGUUUCCAUGACAAGGCCAUGAAGCGUCGCUAUGUCAUUGUCAGAGGGGAGCAGGAGGGUGACCAGUUCCCGGACGAGUCGGAAGCAACCAAGGAGAAAGCUGAACAACAAGCCAUCUUGACAUCUCGGGGUAUUGAUGAGAAGGUCCGCGUUAUCACUGCCAAGUCAAGGAGCAAGGAGUCCACCCCUUGGAGAAUCAGCACCGAUCUGCCGAGAGCAUGUGUAUACACUGUCCAAGCCGGCCUCGGAUACCUGCUCAUGCUGGCAGUCAUGACGCUGAAUGUAGGGUAUUUCCUCUCCGUUCUCGCAGGUCUGUUUGUUGGUGAAUUGGCCAUUGGAAGAUAUGCUUCACCAGUGGAGGACCAUCACUAG